AUGUUGAAGAUGCACGCGGAGAGAGCUGAGAAGAAGGAAAUGAUUGAUGCUCUGCAUUCCUGGCUCGUAACAGAGAUGCUGGAGUUGAAGGGCAUUCCAGUCGAAACCGUUGGACGCGAAGUCGCAAUGGGCAUCUUCACGGAGGUCGAGCGCUACGAGUCCAUGCCUUCAUCUUUGCUACAGGCGGAAUAUGCUACCCUUGGCAUGCCGAGCGAGCCCAACCUCGAGGAGAAGGAGCUGCUGCGGCGAUUGAAGCAGGUGUUGAUUUGGUCGCAGUUUUCGGUGGAUAAUCUGGUCAAGGAGUGUGAAGAGCGGGAGCUCAGCACAGGGGGAUUCCCCAGCCGGCCCAGCGAAGCGGACAAAAUCCAGGUGCUCAUGGACCGACUCAUCCUCAGCCUUGGCGUGGAUGGAUGGGAGAAGCAAGGCAUCCCCGUCUAUCGGCUGACAAGCCUGGAAGCUGCCAUUGUCAUCGUAGAGGAGCUUGGCCGACUGGAGGGCGCAAAGCAGGCAGAUGUGAGCGCAGCGUAUCGUUUGCUUGGGCUGCCACCAGAAGCUUUGGACAAAGCGGCGAUGAUUUCUCGACUGAAGCAUUACCUCGUGUGGCAGGAGCUGCGGCCAGCAGAGCUCCGCAAGGAAUGUGUCAAGCACGGUAUCUCUGCCAUGGGAGACCCUGAGGAGCUCAUUGCGCAGCUGGUCUUGAAGAUACUUGGGCUCAAGAUGUUGCUUCCUGUGAUUGGGAGGCACCUGACCCACCUGACUGGUCACGAUUUCAGCCACCUCCGCGACAGAGUGUCAUGUCCUCCAGCUUCUGUCCCUUCGGCCAAAGUCGCCUCAGCCUUCCGUGAGUUGGGGUUGGAGCUUUCAGCUAGCCAUGAGCAGGUUCGCAAAACAUAUCGCAGAUUGGCUUUGCAAUACCACCCCGACAAAAAUCCUGGAUUGCAACAAGAGCAAGCACUCAAAAAGUUUCAGACGUUGCUUGCUCGCAUUGGUGGCAUGUUUCUUCUUCUUGGAUAG